AUGUCUUUCCCACCAACUCCAGCCAUGUCGGGUGAAUUCACCAUCAAAGACAAGCCCGCCACCGAUAUGUUCGCAUUGCCUCCUGCGGCAUUGAGUCCUCAAAGCCGCCGAUCAUCUCGAUCAGAUCCCUCUUAUACCCCGACUUCAACUUCACCGGAUCUCGCUGGUCGCCGAUCAAGUCACACAGGACGGUCGGGAACAGCCAAACGCCCAUUGGAGGACUUCGACUUACCUCCGCCACCGACCCGAACUCGCAAGAUCAUCCAAAUGAAGCCAAAACCUACGAAAUCCAAGGCCAAAGACGUAAAGGUCUCCACGCAGAGUCCAGAGCCGAUGCCCAAUCCAUCAACAAGCUCCAAGAGGAAGCAACCCAGUGCGACCAGUGCGGCCGGCCGGAAGAUUGCUCGCAAGACCGCCCACAGCCUGAUUGAGCGCCGAAGACGAUCCAAAAUGAACGAGGAAUUCGGAACCCUCAAAGAUAUGAUCCCCGCUUGCACGGGACAAGAAAUGCACAAGCUUGCCAUCCUUCAGGCAAGCAUAGACUACGUCAACUACCUGGAGAAAUGCAUUCGCGACAUGAAAGCAGCAGGCUCAGAGAAUAUCGCUGCACCGCCGUCACCCACAUCACCGGAGUUCAUUGCCGAGACAGGUGUCGAGCCUGUGCGUGAAUCCUCCACAUACUCCUAUUCUCCAUCCGCAUCUCCAGAGGCAUAUGCCCCUCCUGAGCUAUUCCCUGAUACCUCCCCGUCAUUCUCGCCUCGCACUCAAGUGCCUUCUGCGCAAAACGUUCCCGAGCCUACGUCGGUUCUGCCUAGUCCGGCACUGGGUCCAAUCUGGGCUUCUCCGGAGAAAAUGCAUGAGCUUCAAGGUGUUGAUCAUGAGGCCUCGGCCGCUCUGCUCAUGCUCACCCAGGACCGUAGGGGUACUGCAGAUUCCAUUAGCGAGCAGUUUUCGGGCACUUCGUUGGCGAAGUAUGAGGCUCCACCUGUGGGUACGCAACGAAGGAAGGGGAUGAGCGUGCGUGAUCUUCUCAUCUCAUAA